UAGGGAUAUCGAUAGUUUUAAACUAUCGAUAUAUCGAUAUUACUAUCGACUAUCUCCCAUCCCUUAAUUUAGCAUAAGAUAAUGUUGAUGAGGGUAGUAGCAGAAAGAUCAAGGACAGAGACAAAACAAAACUUACGUAUUUUAUUUAAUGUUUUCGCAAAUAACUAUCUCUUCCAGCUGAUCAAACGUGCAGAAAGAAAGCGAGAAAAGUAAAACAAAUUAAUAAAUAGAAAAGCGGAAACUUUGUCACAUAAGAGAUAAGGGAUAUAAUGCCUUUUCAUUUGAAUCAAUCAAAAGAAAAGGAAUUACUGACUUUUGAUUUCAGUAUAUUUCGAAACGAGACUGGAAUCAUAUGCUACAUUCGCCAUGACAGUUUCUGCAGAAGUGAUUUUAAGUAGUGAGGUUAUGAAUUACAUGGGGCUGUAGUGUUACUGACAAAUUUCCUGUACUAAAAUGAAGAUGAAAUGGUUACAUGCCGGACGCAAACUGCUCUGCGGUGCGGGUAACCCGAAUUUGAAAAAUCCUUUCAGAGCGCAUGUCCGAGGAUUGAAGAUCUGCCUGCUGGGGGCGAAGGGCACUGUGGGGCAGCCCGUGUCGCUGAUGGUGAAGCAGAGCCAAUGGUUCGAAGAGGUGGCCCUCUACGACCAGUCGAGCUGCAGGGGACUGGCCAUCGAGCUCAACCACAUCGACACCCCCUGCCUCGUCACCAGCUACGAAGGUGAGGAAGGCCUCAAGCAAGCCCUCAAGGGGUCCAACGUGGUGGUCAAUAUGACAAGAUCUUCGUUGAAGCCAGUCACCGACAAGGGUGAUCCCUUCAUUGAUAACGCCCCAGCAACGGAACAGUUGUCCAAGUUCUGCGCAAUGCAUUGUCCUCAGGCCUUUCACUUGGUAGUGACCAACCCUGUCAACAGCAUGGUCCCGGUGACAUGCGAAAUCUACAAGAAGGUGAACGGGUGCGUGGACCCGGCCAGGAUCUUCGGCUUCACGACGGUGAACGUCCUGAGGGCCUCUACCUUCGUGGCGGACAUCACCCAGACCCCUCCGGAGACCAUCAAGGUGCCGGUCAUCGGAGGCAACACGGAGAACACCAUCGUACCCAUCUUGUCCAAGACGGAGCCCUGCCUCAACUUGUCCACCGAGGAAAAAGUGCGGGUAACCAGAGCGAUCCAGAGUGCUGGACAAGAAGCUUUCAAAGCGUUGGAAGGUAAACCCUCUGGUUUAUCUACUGCCUAUGGUAUAACAAGAAUGGUGGAAAAUAUGGCUAAAGCUAUCUUUGGUGAGCAAGGAAUAACGGAAUGUGCUUAUGUGAUGUCCAAUCUGAUCCCAGAUCUAAGAUAUUUUUCAUCACCUGUGAUGCUCGGUCCUACAGGUAUCCAGAAAAUCUUACCACUUCCGGAGCUUACAAACUAUGAGAGCUGUCUGCUUCAAACGGCUGUUGAAACUUUAAAAAAGGAUAUUCAAAAGGGGGAAUCCUAUGCAUUAUCAUAAAAUAAAUGUAAUGGAACUUUGAAGUCUCAAUUUGUUUUAUAAUUAUUGUAUUAUUAUUUUCAGAAGUAAUUUUAUUAAUAAAUGAGUAUAAAGAAAUGAAUUAAGUCUCUGAAAUGUUUGUAAUCUGGAAAUAACUUAUUUUGAAAGAAUUUUAAACGUUUGAUAUUACACAUAUUAAAAUGAAAGUUUAUUAAAAUUGUUUUCUUGAAUUUUAUUUGAAUAUUUACUUCAGUGGGUGUUUUUUUUUUUUUUUUAUUUAUUAGCCUCUAACAAUAAAUAUUUGCAGCCUUUGUGUUUCUUUUAUUGCUCAG